AUGUUUGAAAUCAAAGAGGUCAGGGGAUUGUUUUUGCAGAAACCAGGUGACAUUGGAAAACUUGUGAAUCACAUCGACAAGUUGAACCUCGAUGUACUUUUCAUCGAUUGUGGGAAAUGGAUUGAUUUCAAGAAAAGUCUCACUUUCCUCUUGAGUCACCAAUUUUCCAAUCCCAAUUGUGUCGUCGGUUUGUACGGCGAGAAACCGAAAGAAUUCGGGUAUGCCCCGAAUUUGAGACAGAUCAAGAAAAUCUUCAUGAAACAAAAUGGAAUUCGGGCUUUGGAGAACGACUACGAGACCGAGGAUAAAAUGGUCAGAUUUUUGUUGGAGAAGCUUGACAUUGAGGAGAAGGGAAACCACUUCUCAAAGCUUCCCAUCAAAAAUCUCCUCGAGAAUAAAUUCUUCGAAAAAGAGACACCAGAAGGGGAAAAGGCCACCUAUUUGGUGUACGAGUUGGCGAAUUCCUCGUAUUUCGUCUCCUACACCAAUUCGGCCUCGAUUCAG